GAAAGAAAGGAAGCGGCCGAAGGAGGCGGCGGCGCGGAGAUGAGAGGAUGGUGGUGGCGGUGACGCGGAAGGAGGAUGGAGUCUGUAGAUUAUUUAGAAGAACUUCCUGAGACAGAUGAGCCCGCCUGGAUCUUAGGAAGACAGCACCACCUAAAAACAGAAAAAUCUAAGCUUCUUUCGGAUAUCGGCUCUCGUCUUUGGUUUACCUACAGAAGGAAAUUUUCACCCAUUGGUGGUACAGGGCCUUCCUCAGAUGCUGGCUGGGGCUGCAUGUUGCGGUGUGGACAGAUGAUGUUGGCUCAGGCUCUGAUCUGUCGACAUUUGGGAAGGGAUUGGCAAUGGGAGGAAUACAGAAAGCAACCAGAAGAAUAUAAAAAGAUUUUGUGCUGCUUCCUGGACAGAAAAGAUUGCUGUUACUCAAUUCAUCAAAUGGCGCAGAUGGGUGUUGGCGAAGGGAAAUCUAUUGGGGAAUGGUUCGGACCAAAUACUGUUGCCCAAGUACUCAAGAAACUCGCAGUCUUUGAUGAAUGGAAUUCCUUAGCUGUUUACGUGUCUAUGGACAACACUGUGGUGAUUGAAGAUAUCAAAAAAAUGUGCGGGGUCCCACCCCAGGGUUGCCCCAGGUCUCACAGCAGUUCACUGUCAUAUAGGAGCUCCGCCAACCCAGCCAAGACCUCAGGGGCUCCCUGUUGCAGUUGGAAGCCUCUGCUGCUGAUCGUGCCCCUCCGCCUGGGGAUAAACCACAUCAAUCCAGUUUAUGUUGACGCUUUUAAGGAAUGCUUUAAGAUGCCGCAAUCUUUAGGAGCUUUAGGAGGAAAACCAAACAAUGCCUACUACUUUAUAGGAUUUCUGGGAAAUGAAUUGAUCUACCUGGACCCUCACACCACCCAGGUCUUUGUAGAUUCGGAUGAGAAUGGUGCAGUUGAUGACCAUAGCUUCCACUGCCAGCAACCCCCCCAGCGGAUGAAGAUAAUGAAUCUUGAUCCCUCUGUAGCAUUAGGAUUUUUUUGUAAAGAAGAAAAGGACUUUGACAACUGGUGUAGUCUUGUGCAAAAGGAGAUACAUAAGAAGCAGAGUCUACGAAUGUUUGAGCUGGUUCAGAAGCACCCACCACAUUGGCCCCCGUUCAUACCGCCCACGAAACCAGAAGUCACCACCACCGGGGCAGAGCUGAUUGACUCCACGGACAAACUGUUUGAGAUGGAAGAAGAGUUUGAGAUCUUGAGCGUGUGAAGGCAACCUGGCCCGCAGUCCAGGACCGGGAGUAAAACCACAGUAAAACCACAGAGCCUUUCUUAGCCUGAAGUGCCUGUGAACAGACACAAGACCUCAGGAGAACAGUUCCAAAAAAAAAAAAAAAAGCACUUCUUGAGAAGGGCAUGGAUCCUGGUUCCCCAGCCCGUGUGUUUGUCCCCCCGCCAUCCCGCUUCCCCUCCCCAAGAAAAGAACCUUGUCUGAAGACGUGCUCUUGGGAAACCCGAAAUCAAAAACGGGCUUGUCGUAUGGCCAGCGUCAACGAUGGCUGGACGGUAAUUAUAAUGCAAUAGCUUUGCUCACGCUGAAAGCACGGCGGCGUGCAGGAGUGCGUUCACCUCUCGUUCCUUCACGUGGACAAUUUUUUUUUAAGCAGUAAAUGUCAUCGCCUUGGUUUUUUUUCCUCUCUCUUUUCUUUUUUCUCAACGAUUCACCCGAUCGGGCGAAACCAAUGCUUUUAUUCAAUAUCUUCACAUUUCUUGGCACUGCACUUCAAAAAACAACAACCCCAAAGCGUUUUUUUUAUGGAAGGACACGUAUGCUAUGUGCAAUUUUACACACACACAAAACCACAUUUCUCGUUUCUAGGAAAAUACAUGAAUAAGCAGAGGACUGGGAGGCAACCGUUCAACUCCUCCCCUGUUCUUGCAACAUAUACAGGAGGUCUCUUUAUAAUUAUGACGGCCCUUCUUCACUUUGGCUUUAACUUCAAAUCAUUAUUAAACCUUUUGCUCCC